AUGCGCCCUGUCAUUGCUGUUGAUGCUACCCAUUUGAAGUGCAAGUAUAAAGGUGUUUUGUUUGUUGCGACCGCAUUUGAUGGAAAUCGUAAUAUAUAUCCUAUUGCCUUUGGGAUUGGAGAUUUGGAGACGGAUGCAGCCUGGGAGUGGUUUUUGACAAAACUACAUUAUGCAAUUGGUGAUUGCGCGAAUCUUGUUGUCAUAUCUGAUCGAAAUGUCAGCAUACAAAAUGGGUUGAAAAUUUUUUUUCCUGGGGCAACACAUGGAAUUUGCUAUUAUCACUUGAAGGGCAAUAUGAAAGCCUCAUUUCGCUUGAAGCAGCGGGAUCCAAUAUUGGGGUAUUUUGUAAGGGCAGCAAAGUCGUAUCGUCUGAGGGAGUUCAAUCAUCACUUCUCCAUGAUAAACAAUGACCGAGUGCGAACUUAUCUAGUAUGUGCAGGCCUCCAUAAGUGGCCUCGAGCCCAUUGUGAUGGACGACGAUAUAAUGUGAUGACAACAAAUAUUGUGGAGUCCAUAAAUUCAGUUCUUCGUUUUGCAAGGAUGCUUCUGGUGGUACACUUGAUUGACGAAAUUACAAAUAUGCUUUUGUAUUGGUUUAGUCAACGUCGAGAUUUAGCAAGGAAAUGUCAAUCUACGUUGUGCCCUGAUUUAGGCGAAAAGAAGUUAAGGAAAAGGUUAGACGCUGCUUCAAGGAUGAAUGCGGUCAAAAUCAAUGAUGGGGAGUAUAAUCUUCUGGAUGGUGAUAUGAACAGGUUGGUGAACUUGCAAAACUGUAGUUGUACAUGCAGGAAGUUUGACUUAGAGCAACUCCCGUGCAAGCAUGCUAUUGCGGUUAUGCCAGGGCGUCGUAAAACACAAAGAAUACCUUCUAAAGGAGAGGACCGGCGUGAAAACAAAUGCUCAAGGUGCGGUGUGAAGGGCCACUACCGAAAUACAUGCAAACAAUUUGUCCCCGUCACCAACAAGCAGCAGGUUGCGUAG